CUUUAUAUACUCCUAAAUCCCUAACACAGUCGACAAACAAGCUGGAAGCAGCGCAGUAGACAGCCAAAUCUGAAUCUCCGGUUUCUCCUCCGAUCUCCGGCUACUCGACGAGCUCACAACCUUACCAAUGGCGGACAACAAGAAGCGUCGGCGAGCAACGCACAACUCCGACGCGGACGCCGAUGCGGUCCCAUUCAAAUCCAAGGUGAAACCCGACUCUGUUAUUCUCCAAACCCUCGAAACCCUAAAGAAAUCCGCGGCCGCCUCUUCAUCCGCCGCGUCCUCCUCCAAGACCCUAACCCUUUCCGACCUUGACCUCUCAACCACCUGCCGCGAAGUCAGUGAUCUCCCACUCUCCGCUGUCCAAUCCUCCAUUGAGACUCUCAUUCUCAGCCUCGCCCGCUCAAUUCUCUCCGGCGAAGGUUUCUCCUUCUCCGUCCCCUCCCGCUCCUCCGCUAACCAGCUCUACAUCCCCGAAUUGGACCGCAUCGUCCUCAAGGACAAGACAUCCCUCCGCCCCUUCGCCAACGUCUCCACCGUCCGUAAAACCACCAUCACCACCCGUAUCCUCCAGCUAGUCCACCAGCUCUGCUUGAAGAACAUCCACGUUACCAAGCGUGACCUUUUCUACACCGAUGUGAAACUCUUCCAGGACCAGACUCAAUCCGACACCGUAUUAGACGAUGUCUCGUGUAUUCUGGGCUGUACUAGGUCUAGCCUCAAUGUGAUUGCUGCUGAGAAAGGGGUUGUUGUGGGCAGGCUUAUAUUCAGUGAUAAUGGCGAUAUGAUUGAUUGCACUAAGAUGGGGAUGGGUGGAAAGGCCAUUCCCCCGAAUAUUGAUCGAGUUGGGGAUAUGCAGAGUGAUGCAUUGUUCAUCCUGUUGGUUGAGAAGGAUGCUGCUUAUAUUAGACUGGCAGAGGACCGGUUUUACAAUCGAUUUCCAUGUAUAAUUGUGACUGCUAAGGGGCAGCCAGAUGUGGCUACAAGGUUGUUCUUGAGGAAAAUGAAGAUGGAGUUGAAUUUGCCGGUGUUGGCUUUGGUGGAUAGUGAUCCUUAUGGGUUGAAGAUUCUGUCUGUGUAUGGGUGCGGGUCGAAGAACAUGUCGUAUGACAGUGCAAACUUGACAACCCCGGAUAUAAAGUGGCUGGGGAUUCGGCCUAGCGACUUGGACAAGUAUAACAUACCUGAGCAGUGCAGGUUGCCAAUGACGGAGCAGGAUAUUAAGACCGGGAAGGAUCUGUUGGAAGAGGAUUUUGUGAAGAAGAAUCCCGGGUGGGUUGAGGAGUUGAAUUUGAUGGUGAAAACCAAACAGAAGGCUGAGAUUCAGGCGCUGAGCUCCUUCGGGUUUCAGUAUCUGUCUGAGGUGUAUUUGCCAUUGAAGCUGCAGCAGAAGGAUUGGCUCUAAUGUUGAAGAAUGAGCGGCAUGGUUAGGUUAGUUCUUGCAUACACCGUACUUGCUCUGGUCUCUGCCCAUGAAAACUAGGAGUGUUUGUUUCAUUGUUGUGCUGUUUUUAUUCAACUUUGAUAUGAUUGUAAUACUUUGCAACAUUGGUUAUACUAUUGGAAACUUACCGGGCAUUUUGACCGAUUGGAAGAGUUUAUUACUAGUGUAGUUAGUGCUUACAAAAUUGUCUAUCACAAAAUUUACAUAAAAAGUUAGGUCUAGACAGUAAAAAUAUGAGCUGGAAAAUCCUUUGAACCUCGAAGUCCCACCAAAAGUAAAAAUCUUAUGUUUCUUUGGAGGGUGAAACGGGAGGUUCUGAAUUUGAGCCAAAGGAUGGUAUUGGUGGACACAAAGGCAUUUUUGCAAUGAGAAAAGGAUAUUUAUUCUUGGCAGACAUGAUCUUUGAGGGAGGGACAUGCAUUGGGAGGGAUUGACAACAAUUUUUUCUUGGCUUGUGAUAUUUGGACCUCAAACCAAACCAACUUCAGUGAGCUUGGUCGACCUACUGGAUAACCUCUGUGGAGAGGUUAUGCAUUUUAUCUCUAGACUUUGUUGACUGGAAGCCGUGCUCCUUAUUUCCCUUGUUGGUCAUGUUCGGGCAGAGCUGUUUCGUUUGGAGUAUUGGCAACUCUUUGGUUUUAGUGUUUUUAUUCUUGCAUUGUACUUCUCCAGUUGAGUUGUAGUAGUUUGGAUUUUAUGGUAGUGUAGUACUGUGUAUUUUCGUUUUGCUUUUGGUUUAUUUUUCUGCUUGCUUUUAAACAGAGUAUGCCUUGUGCAGUUAUUCUUGGGUAAUUAAUAUUAUUUGGGGGCCAUUAGAUGCUUUUAUAA